CUCCGGGGUGCAGCCCCCUGCGCUGGCAGCAUCCCUGCCUGUGAGGAGCAGCCCCUUCUUUCCACCCCCCCUCCCCACAACCCCGCACCUUCCUCCGGCUGCCCCCAAAAGCGGAGCCACCGGCCGAGCCCGGCUUUGUGUGUGUGUCGUCCCCCCCCCCUCCAUCCCCUGCUUCCCCGCUCCGGGGGUGUCUGGAUGCGGCCCCGGGGAGCUCAGGGCAAGAAGCAGCGCUAAAAGGGAACCCCCCCCCGCAGGUCCUCGGCACAGGCUGGUGCAUUCAGGAUGGAUCCGCUCUUCCCUGCCCAUAUUUUGGAAGACCCUGACCUGAGGAAGCUGCUGAACGACUCCUCCAUGCUCAACCUCAGCUUUCUCCCCAGUAACUGGUUCAACAACGGCACGGGGGACAGCUUCCUGCCGCUGAGCAUCAAGAUCACCAUUGUGGUUGUCUACUCCAUUGUGUGCAUUGUGGGGCUGGUGGGCAACUGCUCCGUCAUGUAUGUGAUCGUCAGAUUCACCAAGAUGAAGACGGCAACCAACAUUUACAUCUUUAACCUCGCUCUGGCUGAUACCUUGUGUCUGAUGACCUUACCCUUCCAGGGUACAGACACAUUCCUGGGCUUCUGGCCCUUUGGCAAUGUCCUCUGCAAGAUUGCCAUCUCUAUAGACUACUACAACAUGUUCACGAGCACCUUCACCCUGACGAUGAUGAGCGUGGACCGCUACAUUGCCAUCUGCCACCCCAUCAAAGCACUGGACAUCCGCACUCCCCACAAGGCCAAGGUGGUGAACGUCUGCAUCUGGGCACUGGCUUCUGUCUUUGGCAUCCCAGCGAUGGUGAUGGGCUCUGCAGAGAAUGAGAACAACGAAAUUGAUUGUCUAAUUAAACUGCCUUCACCCGUGGAUUACUGGGAUCCAGUGUUUGGCAUCUGUGUCUUUCUCUUCUCCUUUAUGAUCCCCGUGUUGAUCAUCACCAUUUGCUACAGUCUCAUGAUCAGACGACUCAAGAACGUCCGUGUCCUCUCAGGCUCCAAGGAGAAGGACCGAAACCUGAGGCGCAUCACCCGGAUGGUCCUGGUGGUGGUGGCAGUCUUCAUCAUUUGCUGGACUCCCAUCCAGAUUUUCGUGCUGGUCCAGUGCUUGGGUGCCAAGGCAGAAAGCGAGCUUGAGCUGGCCAUCUCCUGCUUCUGCACCGCGUUGGGCUAUGCCAACAGCAGCCUGAACCCCGUGCUCUACGCCUUCUUAGACGAGAACUUCAAGGCGUGCUUCAAGAAGUUCUGCUUCCCCACCGCCUUCAGGACGGAGCUCCAGAUGUCCAACAGGAUGUGCAGCAUCGCCAAGGAUGUGGCCUAUGCCUGCAAGAACUCGGAGGGGACUAACAAUCCGGCCUGACUAGGCAUGGAAAUUCCCAUGGUGGCUGUCGCUCAGCAGAGUCCAACCACCCCCACGUCGGAGCUGACUCAGAUAACGGCUCUUUAGCAGGACCUCAAAACUGUGAGGCGAGAAACCAAGGAAACAAUUUUGGGGGUUGGGAAAACCGGAUACUGCCAGAGCAUGCAGAGAAAGUGAGCCCAUUUGAUGCAUUUUUAAUUCCAGUGCAUCCUGCACUGAGGAAUGCGCUUGAAAUCAGCCCUUUGAUUCCUGCAAAACCCUGGUGGUUUGCAACAUUAUUGAGAAUUUGGGAACAAAGGGUUUAAAACAGGCAUUGCUCCUGGGACUUUCACUUUUGCUGCCGGGAGACAGACAAAAUGCAAACUAUUCCAUUUCUUUUUUUCCUCUCUGAGUUGUUUAAGGUGCUAACAACUCAUGUGGCUCACCAGGCACUCGGGUGCAGGUUUUAUUCCUGCGGCAUUGCUCUGAAAUUAGACUUCGCUGAAGCCAAAGUGGGCAGCAGCCGUCAGACACACAAAAAAACAACAAACCCAAGAUCAUCUCCAGGAUGAGUCAUCGGGAAGGGAAGGAAGGAUGCGGGGAGGGAGAGGAGGGAGCUGGUGGAAAGGGAAACUCAAACCACCCCAUGGCUGGGAGCUUGGGGAGGACCAUGUCGGCUCCCGUGGACGGGGUCUGCAGUGAAACCCUCCUCCUUGAGAGGGGAGCAGGGGGGUGAGAAGGGACUGUCAAAACUGAUGAAUGUAGCUCGGAAAAGGAGGAAGGAAAGAUGGAUGAAAUGAACACAAUGAACACAAAUCCUUGUUUACAUGCUGCUAUCGCUUUUUAAAAAAAAACCAACAAAAAACAAACUCUAUUUCCAUUGUAAUAAUGGACAGAAUGUGUCUGUAUAUACACACCUCUGUCGUGCUAUAGGUACAGCUAUAACCUAGGAUUUCAUCUUGCCGAGCAUGCCUUCGGGUUCUUCCUCAGUGAGAGGAGGAAGGAAUGAAGUGGCCUAUAUAUACAUGAAUUUAUGUAUAGGGGAAAGCCAUUUCCGAGAAGUCAGAACAGCAGCUCCUCCAGAAGACACGGACAUUUCUGGUAGGAGGGGCAGCCUAAAACAGUCCCACCUGCUCCGUGUGAGAUAAACGGUGCACAAACCGUACAAAAGGUGGGUUUUGGGGUUUUUUCGUGUUGUCUUUUUUUUCUAUUUUCUUUUUAAUGAAAUGAGAUCCACGAUAACUGCGAGCACUUGGGCAAUGCUGCCGAGGUACCACCCCUCCUGCUAACCAGAGAUUGAUUUUCCUCUCCCAGUGGGCCAGAGCUUUGUAAAAUGAAAUGCCCUGUCAUGUCAUUUGAUAAUGAAAGCCUUCCCGGGGAGUUUAACCACUGAGUGCCCUCCGUGCUGGCGGGGACAGCAGACUCUGUAUCCUCCCUGUAGCACAAAACCCUCCUGGGGAAAGCUGGGCAGUGAUGCUGAUGGGUAAGCAAAGCAAUGACCUCUGCUUGGAGACAGGAGGUGGGCCCCAACGCGAGGACCGGCAGCGUUGUCCGGACUGUACAGAUUUCAUGUGAAUAUAUUCCUUGUGCUCUGGUCUAUGAGAAUUCUGUAUUUUUUAAUGUAUUGAUUUGCCACUACUUUAAUGCUGUCAUGUUCUUUAUAUAUGCUGUACAAAAGACUCCGAUGUUCUAUUUCGAUGUAGAGUGUCUCCCUCAUGGUUGGGCUUAAAAUGUAGAUGCAAUUCCAGUGUCCCAUGUAUAGGACCCAGAUCCCUUGUAAACUGCUCAAGCUGGGAGGAAUUUCAUGCUGAUUAGCAUUUGAUUGGGAAUCUGGAGGGAUACCAGAGCAAACUUUGCAAUUAGCGCUUCCUCCUGAAUAAGGCAGGGGGAGGAGGAGGAAAUCUGGGCACUUUAAGCACUUUGCAAUGGAUGUUUUUUCCCCAAGCACUCACCAGGAAAUCUCAUACGACCCCCAAGCAUGUGAAGAACUCCCCAGGAACCGCGCUGCUGGCAAGCUGCAUCCAUGCCCCUGGAAGGAUGAGUUUGGUGGGCUGUUGUGUUGGUGGGUCCAAUAACAGCCUUGGUCAGUGGGCAACCUUGGGUCUUCUGAGCUCGUCAGUGGCCACAGGGGCUGAUGGAGAACUGGAUGUGGUGGUACAUGAAGCUGGGAACCAACUGCUGGGCUUUUCUUGCAGUGCCAUUAGGGAGCAGGAGAGCGUUCGUUAGUGGCUGGCUAAGGACCAGCCACCCUCCCUUUGUAGUUCUUGGUUGGGUUUUUAAAUAGAUUUAUGUCCUCUGAAAUAUAUACCGGUGUUUGGUGGUUGUUUUUUUGUUUGUUGGUUUGUUUUUUUUUUUAAUAAGGAUUUUGUUAUAAAUGACUAUGCUGCAAUGAUCUUACAUAAUCAAGUACUCAAUAAAUGUGCGUUUACUAAGCUUUUGGGUAAUUCUGUGGCCCUUGCAGUGAAUGUGUUCAGGCAUUCUGUUCAAUGCUCAGUGGAGUUUGUUAUAAGAGGAGCAACAAAAACCUGAGAGCAAAAGCUUUAUUGUACUGUGCCUAUGGAGUUAAAGGCUUGCCGUCGGCUGGCUGGCUGAAGUGCAGGCUCUUUAUUUCUCUUCUGAAAUGGUUGUGUUGGUAUGAUUUUGCAGUUACCGCGGUGUAAAUGACAAUUUCCUAGGUGGCUACUUGUGUGCUUUAAUAAAGGAAAAUAAAAACCCCUGUACUUUGAA